AUUAACGGUAACAGAGCAGCGACCUGCGAAGAGGAUCGCGAAGCAGGUUAAGCUUUCAGUGAGCGAGUAACCGGGCGGCAGCUUGGCCGGGACGUUACUGCUCUUUUUAUUCUGCUUCAUUUUCUGCCCUUUUAUACAUUUUCCUCUUCUCUUUAACUCCUGACUGCAGCAGAGACCCACAGAGUUGAGAGAGGGUGAGCGACGGGAAGAGAGACUCAGAGACAGAAAGAGAGAGAGAGCGAGAGAGAGAGGACAGCAAGAAAGAGAACGGGAGGGAGUGGGUGAAAAAGAAAAUCCCAAAUUCGAUAUUAAAAGCUUGUCGAACAAGCCAGGAAAUGUACUGGUUUGGAUUUUAAGUGCUUAAUAACCAACAAACUCUCCCUAACCCGCGGAAUUUUUCUGGAUUAAUUUGAGUUUUCCACCCCUUUUUUCCUACCUGGGAUAUUUUCUGCCUUGCAGCGGAAUUCUCCCUGUUUCACCUGCCCUAGGUGAAAGAGGGAGGAGAAGGAGCGGAAGAACAGGCGAGAAAUAGAAGACAAAAAGAAGGAAGACAGAGAAGAGGAAUGAGACGGGCGGAGGGCUGAGAGAAUCACUCCAGUUUUCUCUCGGAUCGGAUUCUUCCCUUACCAAGCGGGUGGAGGGAUGAAACCGGGAGAGAAGAAGACGGGGGAGAGUGUGAAAGAGAGAGGAGCGAGAACAAGAGGAGGAUGUAUUCGUCGGGCGCUGUGAGAAUGCAAAACGGACGCACCCCUCCGGAAGAUCGGAUUGAACUAUAAACCUAAACGGAAUUUACAGACAACCAAAGGAUAUUACGCACAUUUACUUCGAUAUAUACGUAUAUGGGGCAUAUUUUCGUAUUUGGAGCAUAUUUGUGUGGAAUUACAACUAUAAUUGCCACUAUCUUCGCAAUAAUGGGAUUUGGAGAAAUAAUUGCGCGCUGACAGCCGGUGAACGAAGAAAACCUAUCCUUGAAAGAGCCCCAUAGCUGGCAGAGAGAGGACGGCAGAUCUUACACUACUACAAACAGUGAGAAAAACCCAGCAGAAAAUUUUGGACCUGUAACUUCAUCCAUGAUGCUGUAGCUGUGGUAGCUGUGGUAACAUGUGAAUCCUGCGGCGUGUCAUCAGCAUUUACAUCUCUAAAGGUGUUGUUUCCAGGUACGGGGGGUAACCAUGGAAAGGCUGGUACUGUGUGUAAUGCUGGCCGUCGCUAUGGCUGUGCGGGCACAGAUAUGCCCAAAACGCUGCGUAUGUCAAAUACUGUCACCCAACCUGGCAACCCUCUGUGCCAAGAAAGGUCUACUAUUUGUCCCACCUAACAUUGACAGACAUACAGUGGAGCUACGACUGGCUGACAAUUUUGUCACAAGUGUGAAAAGAAAAGAUUUUGCAAACAUGACACGUUUGGUGGACCUGACAUUAUCCAGAAACACCAUCUCCUACAUCACACCUCAUGCCUUUGCUGAUCUGGAAAACCUCAGAGCCCUGCACCUCAACAGCAACCGACUGACGAGGAUAGGCAAUGAUACAUUCAGUGGGAUGUCCAAGCUUCAUCACCUGAUUCUGAACAACAACCAACUGGUCAUGAUUCACCAGGGAGCAUUCAAUGACCUGCUGGCACUAGAAGAAUUGGAUCUUAGUUACAAUAACCUCGACACUAUUCCAUGGGAGGCCAUCCAGCGAAUGACAAGCCUCCACACGCUGAGUUUAGACCACAACAUGUUGGAAUACAUUCCAGAGGGAACCUUUUCCCUUUUACAGAAACUAAACCGGCUGGAUGUCACCUCUAAUAAACUCCAAAAGCUACCACCUGACCCACUUUUUCAACGAGCACAGGUUCUAGCAACGUCAGGGAUGCACCUCUCUUCUUUUGCACUGUCAUUCGGUGGCAACCCUCUCCACUGCAACUGUGAGUUACUUUGGCUGCGAAGGCUGAGCAGGGAGGAUGACCUGGAGACGUGUGCCACACCCCAGCACCUGUCUGGCCGAUACUUUUGGUCCAUCCCUGAAGAGGAGUUUCUCUGCGAGCCUCCACUCAUCACCAGAUACUCUCACGAGAUGAGGGUCCUUGAAGGCCAGAGAGUUGCUCUCAGGUGUAAGGCAAGAGGUGACCCAGAGCCAGCCAUUCACUGGAUCUCUCCUGAGGGUAAACUGGUCUCUAAUUCCUCCAGAACACUUGUCUACGCUAACGGGACUCUGGACAUUGUCAUCAGUAAGGUGCAAGACACUGGCUCGUUCACCUGUAUCUCCUCCAACCCCGCCGGCGAGGCUCACCAAACAGUGGAUUUGGUUAUUAUCAAACUCCCGCACAUUUCCAACAACACAAACAACAUCCAGGAGUCUGACACGCGAUCGUCGGACAUUUCCACGUCAACCCGAGGCGGCGCCAACGGGAGCAACGUGACUGGUGAUGUGAAGAGUGGUGUGGAUAAGAGGGUGGUGACAGCUGAGGCCACGUCAUCAACUGCACUGAUCAAGUUCAACUUCCAGAGGAAUAUACCAGGAAUUCGGAUGUUCCAGAUACAGUAUAACGGAAGCCAGGAUGACUCACUGGUUUACAGAAUGAUCCCUCCAUCAAGCAAGAACUUCCUAGUCAACAACCUGGCAGCAGGCACCCAGUACGACCUCUGUGUCCUGGCCAUCUACGAUGACGUUAUCACCUCUCUGACAGCGACGCGAGUGGUCGGCUGCGUGCAGUUCACCACCGAGUCAGAGUACAUGAGAUGUCAUUUUAUGCAGUCUCAGUUCCUGGGUGGGACCAUGAUCAUUAUCAUCGGAGGGAUAAUAGUGGCCUCGGUUCUAGUUUUUAUUAUCAUCCUGAUGAUACGAUAUAAGGUGUGCAACCCUAGUGAGGGUGGCAAAGGCAUUUCAAUGUCAAUGACCAACGUUCACUCACAGACCAAUGGGCAGCAAUCUCAGGGUUGCACCGUGACUCCAAGCUCCUCUAAACACGGCUCAAUCGGAUUAGACGACCUCUCAGGAGGCACAAAGAGGAGUGGUGCUGCAGCAGCGGGAGGUGGGAGAAAGGAUACAAUAGCUCAGGCCUCUGAGUCUUCCCUGCCUGACUGCUCCACAGCCACAUCAGUUCUCAGCCAGGCUUGGUCGGCCAGAAGCCCAACAGCUGGAGCCGAGGAACGAGAGAAAACAGUUGAAGAGAGAGCUCAAGCCGGCAUUGCAUCACCCACCGCCACCACAGGCUCCCUACACAAGCCAAAGCGAAAGCCCGCCCCAACUAAGCCUGGCUCUGCUUGCUCCAGUGGCCAGGGGAUGAUCGAGAACCUCCCAACUGCCUCCUCGACACGACCACCUUCCUCUACUUCCACCGCCUCCUCUGCCCUCCUUCAUUCCUCAUCCCCCGGUGCCCUGGAGAACCUCAACACCAACCGAAAUAACUCCACCGCUCUCUCUCAGACCCCACCACCUCCCUUUGCCUCUUCCCCUUUCUUCAGCCCCAUCGCCACACCGAGCCCAGUCCCAUCUGUGCGAUUCAGAGAGACGCCCAUCCUGCGCCGGGCUCCUCGCACCGCCGCCUCUUCUGCCAGAUAUCAGACUCUUCCUGUGGAGGAGGGAGGAAGGAGCAGAGCUAGGAGGAGGUACUCACUCAGUGAAGGAGGCUCAAAAACUCACUCCGCCCAUCAGGGAGGAGGAGGAGCACCCAAAAUAGGGCGCGUAAUACGGAACAAAAGGAGCCAAUCAAUGAGCGGUAUGCUACUCCCAAAAGAUGGGGACGAAGAGUCGGACAAAGGGCGGUGUGACUCUGACUGGAUCUUAGAAAGCACAGUUUGAACUGGAAUGAGCCAGCGACCAUAAAAUGAACUUUGGUUUAUUCAUUGUUUGUCCUUUGUGUGAGUGGAUGCGUGCAGUGUGAAUCAAAGUUUUGUUUAUAGGCGUAUGUGUGAAAAGCCUGCUUGUGUCACGAAAAACUUUGCGUGUUGUUACUGUGUGUUUUCCUGUUUGAAUUUUCUUUCUAAACGUGUGAGAGGUUGACUGUGUUUCUGGUAAACGUGUGUGUGUGUGUGUGCGCGCUUUUUAAAAAAAUAAUCAGUCUUUUCAUAACUUUUCUCCACAGUUAUUUGUACUUGAUUUACAGUUUGCAGUUUUGUUUUUUGCUUUUGUUUCCACUUCAACAGUAUCCAUUUUGCAGUCAAUCAUUCAGCGAGUGGAUAACUUGCCUUGUCUCGUAGCGUCCUCGAGUUGUCUCGUUGGUUCCACUUUAUAGCACAAAAGAAAAACAAGACAAUGGACUCGCCACGUCAUUUCCCGAUUCACUAUCACCUUAUCUGAAAAAUACCACAAAAAGGGAAUUAAUACAGGAAAUAAGAGGAAUAAAAAAAAUACAAAAACGGGAAAAGCACACCAUUCUUAAUGUUCACACGCUCACAGAGAUGUGCAUCCAUAAUGUGGCAAGAGAAUAGCAGUCGGUGCCUUCUUUUGCACUAACAGACCCUCACUAACAGAUACUUUAACCGGAUUUAGGACUCCACCAUGGCUCCACGAAUGAGGGGACGGAUUAAGGAAGAGAGAUUUCACACUUAGCCUUUCUUACCUACUGCGGAGUACAGACCUUUUCUGGACACAUAAAGACAAAAUGUUGCAGACAGAUGAAGACUUUAAUGAACCUCUUAUGAAAUUGAUAUUUUUUAAAGCGAAGUAUUAAAAAAAAAAAGCAAAGAAAAAAAGCAACGUGAGAACCUUGUGAGCUUUUCACUGACACUGGUAUAAUACAGCCUGUGUUGGUCACAAGCUCACGGAAAGCUUCUGUACAGAAAAAGACAACAUGUACUGUUGUUAUGUUGUGUAAAAUAAAAAAGGGAUAAA